AUGGCAAAUAAGCAGGACGUUGAGUAUGACGAAUACUGUGAUCCAGACAAUCCUAGGAAAAUUCAUUAUGACGACAUAUUAGCAGCUUCGCGCCGUAUCGCGGGGACGGUUGUUAAAACACCAUGCACGAAAGCUCACAUAUCCGAUACGCUAGGUAUGGAAAUAUAUUUGAAACAAGAAUUUAUGCAAUAUACAGGAUGUUUCAAGGAGCGUGGUGUACGAAACACGUUACUCCUCCUGACUGAAGAACAAAAAAAGAUCGGUGUAAUAACAGCUUCCACCGGCAACCACGGUUUGUCUAUGAGUUACCACACAACACAGAUGGGGAUUCCCUGCAUAGUAGUGAUGCCGACACGCGCGCCCAUCACUAAACUCACCAAAUGUCAGUCGUAUGGCGCGAAAACUUUACUACACGGAGAAAAUAUGGCAGAAGCGAAACAUUAUGCCAUGGGUUUGGCAAAGGAGAAAAAGUUAUACUAUGUUAAUGGAUAUGAUCAUCCCAACGUUAUAGAAGGGCAAGGCACUAUAGGAAUAGAGAUAAUAGAACAAGUGCCAGACCUAGAUGCCGUGAUAGUGCCAGUUGGUGGAGGCAGUAUACUGACUGGUAUCGCCGUUGCGGUCAAACAUCUCAAGCCGGACACUCAAAUAUAUGGUAUUCAAACAGAAAAGGCUUACAGUAUGGUUGAAGCGUUGAAAAGAGGCGAACGUGUGAAAAUAAAUAUAGAAGCCACUAUAGCGGACGGACUCGCAGUAAACUUGGCUGGAGUCAACACGUUUUACAAUUUGAAAAAUGCCGGAAUAUUGGAUAAGAUGGUCAUUGUAAAAGAAGAUUGGGUAGCACGAGCCAUCAUGCAUCUCGUCGAAAAUGAAAGAUAUGUUGUGGAAGGCGCUGCAGCUGUUACCAUUGCAGCUCUAAUGGCAGGACUGUUUCCCAAUCUUAAGGGUAAAAAAGUUGUGUGCAUUCUGUCCGGGGGUAACAUCGACACGACGAUUCUGGCGCGCGCGCUGGAGCGAGGCAUGGCGGCGGAGGGACGACUGGUGAAGUUCAAGGUGACAGUGAGUGACCGGCCCGGCGGCAUGGCCGACAUGUGCGCCAUGCUGGCCAACACCGGCGUCACGCUGCGGGACUGCAUCCCGGAGCGCGCCUGGGUGAAGGGAGACGUGUUCAGCGUUGAGAUGAAAGUGAUUGUCGAAACUAGAGGAUGGGAACACACCAAAGAGCUCGUAGAAAUUGUGAAAAAGCGGUACAAAGACUGUUACUUCCCAGAGAUGUCCGAACACCCAGACAAAGUGCCCGGAGCUAAGCGUGGUCCAUGUUUAGCCCCGAAUCCCGUAUGCAUGCAGAAAUGAAACAUCUCGUAUUUUUCUAUGUAAAUAAAACUUAUUUUGGUAUCUACUUUGCCUAUGGUUGUAUUCCACAAAAUAAAU